GAUGACUGCGAGACACCGCGAGUUAGAGAACGCAAUCGGCUGUUGAAGAUAUUGAGUGAUCUUCAAAGCCAGUCGUCGGCACCGGUUGUCAAACUGACGGACAAAAAAUACAAAUACAUACAGCGCUGCCAAUGGCCCGGAUGUCAGUAUAGGGGAACCCAACUGACUCGUCAUAAACUCGUCCACAACAAAGUGAGGCCACACGCGUGCCAUUGGCCACAAUGUGGCAAACGGUUCAACACUAAAAGUGGUCUCAAACUCCACACAAACAGACACAACAAUAUUAAGCCAUUUGCAUGUGAUUUACCCGAUUGUGGCCAACGGUUUGUCACUAAAUAUCAACUCAAUCUUCACACUAAUAAGCACAACAACUUCCGGCCAAAUGCCUGCGAUUGGCCCGAAUGUGGCAAACGGUUUACCACUAAAGAUUUGCUUAAAUAUCACGUGAAUAUGCAUAAUAACGUGAAGCCAUACGCGUGUGAUUGGCCCGCGUGUGAGUAUCGGACCGCUUAUCAGCCGAGUGUUUGGUCACAUAAAAUACAAACCCACAAAAUGUACCCAACGAUGCACAACGGGGUGGCCAACCGGACGAUACAAUACCCGUGCGAUUGGCCUGAAUGUGGUCAACAGUUUACUAAUAAGCAAACACUCAAAUAUCAUAUUAAUGUCCACCAAAAUGUUAAGCCCUAUGCGUGCGAUUGGCCGGAAUGUGAGUACAGGUCAGCCAAUCCGGGCAGUCUUUAUACCCAUAUAAAGUAUGUCCACAAAAAGCAUGUGCACACCGGCGGUGGCGCUCAUAAAAAUAAAAAACUGUUCGCGUGUUUAUUCCCCGAAUGUGGCAAACGGUUUGCCUCUAAACCGACGCUCACUGACCACAUGAAUGUCCACAACAACGUCAAGCCGUAUGCCUGCGAUUGGCCUGAAUGUGAGUUUAGGACACACUAUGCGCCUAAUGUUCGGCUCCAUAAGAAACAUGUCCACAAAAUA